GCCCCUACAGUAUAAUCACACCAAAGCUCAAAACAGCAGAUGAAAGAUGGAGAACUACCUGUACGAUGUGUUUUUUGAGGCCGGUAAUCUCUCUAAUGCGGCCCUUAAACAAAUUAAAAGGUACUUUAAGUUAAGGCGUCUAUCUGGAGGAGGAGAGUGUGAAAUCUACAAAGUGGAUAAAGACAUCUACAAGAUCAGUUUUGCAAAUAAAGAAGACCAGGAAGCAGUGCUAGCCAGAGGAGAUCAUGUCAUCAACACACCUGAAAAAGAGGACAUCCGUGUUUCAGUAAGGUGUGACAAUAAUGCUAAAAGCAGAAAACAAUCAAACGCGUCUGCUAAUCAGAAAUCUACAAGCUCUAAAAGUGUGGAGAAGGUGUUUAAACUGGACCAAUAUCUUCUACGAUUCCUCAGUGACUGUAAAAAGCCAUAUUCAGAAUUGGAGAAAUUCUUCUCUGCUCUUUCCAGCACCUUUGAAAUCAACAUUGAGACUGAAGAGCUGGUGGUGCUGUGGGACCCGGCAGCUGAAGACGUUUCUCAGCUAAAGGAAUGGGAACUUGGUGUGGACCAAGUGGUUGAGAGCCUAAAGAUUCACAAUAGUAUCCACUUUGAGGUUGAAAGAGACAAAUAUGCAAUUCUAGAAGAAAACUGUUUCCUCCAAAAUGAGGACUUAAAAAUCUAUUUUGAGCAAGACUCAUGUGUGGCUGUGGUGGUCGGAGAACAAAAUCAAGUGGGCAAGAUUUUAAAAUUCACAAGCGGCUUGCAGGAAAAACAGCAGGUCAAAGAAGAGUGUCAAAUUUCAGAGACACGAUUUGCCCUUAUUAAAGAGCAGUUUGAGUCAUACCUAAACUCUGAUUUACCUGCACUUCAGAUUGCACCAAAACGAGCAGAUGUAAUCCUUUUAAAGGGUCUAGAGAAAGAUGUUCAAGAAGGCAAAGAGAAGCUUGCAAAGUUGGCACAAGGGAUCCAAGAGAAGAGGAUCCCAUCAAAUUAUGCCCUUAUGAAAUUUUUGGAUUCAAGUGAUGGUAUAAAACACUUCCAGAGAAGAUUUCAGCAGAGCCUCUGCAGCCCAGUAAUGCUCGAGACUUCAGGGUCAGAUCUGCUUCUAUUGAGUUUGUCUGAUGAAGCACUUCAGGAGGCGGACAAAGUCAUUGAGAGAGACCUGAGCUUGGAGAUUAUAUGUUUGGAAAACACUCAGAAGUCAUCUGUGUUUACAACACUAAAGGAAGAGUUGAGUAAAGCGGUCAAGCAGGCCAAUCAGGAAAGUGUAAAAGUGGAGCUCAAAUACCAGAAUGAGUCAAGUUCUGAUCCCAAAGUGCAACUGGUCGGCUUCACUACUGAAGUUAAUGAGCUAAAGCACAUGUUACUUGAAUAUGAAAGAAACCAUCAGAUACAUGAAGUCUGCCUGGCACUUCAAUACCCAGAGAUGGCAAAGCAUUUCUCUGAGAUCUUGUUGAUGGCUGGUGUGAAGAAGUACAGUGUGAAAAUUAAGUCCACAUGUUCAUCUUCCCCAUGCGUCCACCUUACAGGACCUCGCUGUGAAGUUGAGAGUUUAAAGGAAACCCUUGGGUCAUAUCUCCGCAGUCUUGUGACUAAAGAAUUUGAAGUGAAAGGACCUGGAGUUCAGCCGUUUUUUCAAGGUGAUGGUGCAGAGACUUUGAGAUUAGUGAAGAAUUCUUGUACCGUUGUGAUUCUGCCCAUUGAUGAUGGGCAACCAACAUAUCAAGUUCCCAGAUACUCAACCAGCUUGAGUUUUCCAGGCUCAUCAUCUGCUCCAUCAACACACCAGUCUCCAGUCUAUGAGCAUAUAAUACACAUUAAAGUUGUGGUUGGAAGUCUUGAGCAACAAAAGGCUGAUGUGUUUGUUGUGCCCAUGGUCCAAGCUAACAUGACCUCAACAUCGAUUGGAUCAUCACUGUUGAAAAAAGCAGGACAGCAGCUUCAAACUAACUUCAACACCGCAAAGGGUCGUCGUACUGUUACACUUGGAGAUGUGCUCAUGGUGGAUGCCACACCAGGGUUGGGCUGCUCAAAGGUGUUCUUCAUCGAAUGUGCACCAAAGGGGAAAAAACAAAGUGAAAAAGUACAUCGCAAUGCACUUCUCUGUGUUUUUACACUAUGUGAGCAGAAUUCUUUUGGUUCAGUUGCACUGCCAGUUAUUGGACCUGGAGAAGUGUUGUCCAUACCGGUCAAAGAUUCUGUUAAUAUCCUUACUCAGGAGAUCUGUAAAUUUUUAUCUCAGCCCACUGUUUUCCUGCACACCAUCUAUAUCCCAAUAAUGCCUGAUUACUCCCAUUCUGAAGAGAUGUUCCAGACAGUACUUGGGAAUCUGAGUACCAAAAUGGUGGACAAAAAAGGACAAGCUCUGUUUCACGCACUGACCUCUGACCUUGAUGAGGUCAUCAUGGCAGUGAAUGGGAUCCAACUCCAUCUAGUGUUUGGUGACAUCACUAAUGAGAAGACUGAUGCCAUCGUGAACACCACAGACUUUAAAGACUUCCAGACAAACGGAGUGUGUAAGGACAUCCUCACUAAAGCAGGACCGCAUGUUCAGAGUCAGCUGAAAGGAGCUCAGACCGCAAGUGGGCAGAUCUUUAUGACCCCACCAGGAGGCUUCCCAUGUAAGACCAUCAUGCAUGUUUGUGGAGAGAGAAGCCCCAGCGUCAUCAAGACCUUAGCAAAAGAAAUAGUGGUUCAGUGUGAGCGUGGCAAUUAUCAGUCUGUGGCCAUUCCUGCUAUCUGUGCUGGACAAGGAGGUUUGGAUCCAAACGUUGUGGCCAAGUCCAUUCUAGAGGGAGUGAAGGAGGGUGUUCAAGGAGCGAAUCUUCAAUAUCUGAGAAAUAUUCGCAUCGUUCUACUGAAGAUUAAUGUUUUUCUGGAGUUCAAAGCGGUGGCACAGCAAGUCUUCGGUGCCAGUACACUACUGACAGCGCCAGCUCCUCUUGUACCUACAAAUGUACCCACUAGAGGGCGCAGCGCAUCAGCAAUAUCGACCAGAUCACGAGCACCUUCUUUACCAGCCACAUUUGACUUGAGUUCUCUAUUGACCUCUUUGCCGGUCACAGAGGACAAAGCAGCAUUCCUGGUGAUUGGAGACUGUGAUAAAGACGUGUCUGAUGCCUGUAGAGAGCUUCAGCGGGCGUACGACAGUCAGUGUUCAACACAGUCUUUCCACUCUGAUGAGAUUCAGCGUCUUACUGGAGAUGAGCUGGACCAGCUGCUGUCUAAAGUCCAUUCACUGCACCUUCAGUCAAACACCAGCAGCUCUGGAGAAUGGCUGGUAAAAGGGCUGAAAGAUGAAGUGAAUGAGGUGGCGAGACUGAUACGACAUGCACUUCGCAGACAGGUAAGAGAGAAGGAACAGGAUAACCUCUUCACUCAAGUUACGUGGUGCAUUCUGGGACCACGAGGCGUUUGGCAGAAGGUCCCAGUAGAGGCGAAUCAUCAGCUUGAGAGAGCGGAUGUAAAUGAUGGGAUUGUGGAUGCACAGAGUGUGAAAUGGACUGUGGAUUUGAGGAAAAUGGAGGCCACAGGAUGUGUUUCAGGACAGGUGACUGCUCUCAAACGCCUGGAGAACCUUUCAGAUUUCUCUUUGCCCAUCUACUGGGACAACAUGAGACAAAACGAGCAUUUAAAGGUGGUUGAUUUAGAUCAGCAAUCAGCAGAGUACCAGACAGUGAAGGCAGAUUUCAAGAAGACCGUCAAACAGACUGUGCUCAAGAUCGAGCGCAUCCAGAACAUCAAUCUUCGGCGGUUAUAUGAGGCACGUAAAUCAGAGCUGGAGAUCAAGAAUGAUCCAACAGUGGGAGCAGGAGAGAAAAUCCUUUAUCACGGCUCAGCACAAGCGUCCUGCUCAUCCAUCAUGAACACAAACUUCAACCGCAAUUUUGCUGGACAAUAUGCCACCGUCUACGGUCAUGGGACGUACUUUGCAGUGAACGCCAGCUACUCUGCUAAUGUGAACUAUGCAGCUCCUGCAGCAGACGGGACUCAGCUGAUGUUUGUGGCUCGUGUGCUUACGGGUCAUUAUGAUUUGGGCCAAAAGGACAUGAAGACACCCCCUGUCCAUGUUGCUCCAGACCAGCUCUAUGACAGUGUGGUAGAUAACAUCCAGAAUCCCACAAUGUUUGUAGUUUUUCACGACUGCCAGGCUUAUCCUGAUUACCUCAUUACAUUCAGGUGAACAUCAAUAACAGUUUUACCAUGAACACACUGGAUGAUUUACACUACCUGACAAAAGUCUUGUCGCCUAUCCAAGUUUUAGGAACAACAAAUAAUAACUUGACUUCUAGUUGAUCAUUUGGUAUCAGAAGUGGCUUAUAUGAAAGGCAAAGACCUCUAGAUUAUGAUUAUUUUACCAGAAUAAAAUAUGAUCAGGCCUUGAUUUAUAAUGAUUUCAUUAGGACAGUAAGGUCUGACUCCACUUAGACAAGAAACUCUCAUCACUUAACAGAAAUAAUGUCCAGUAUAGAAUAUAAAGUCAUGGUGCAGAGGAAACAGAAUGAAUAUUGUGUCUGACUCCAUCAUGAGCUUGGAGGACUGCAUCCAUACAUCUCUGCAAUGACUCAAAUCACUGAUUAAUAAAGUCAUCUGGAACGGCAAAGAAAGCGUUUCUGCAGGACUCCCAGAGUUCAUCAAGACUCUUUGGAUUCAUCUUCAGUGCCUCCUCCAUCUUACCCCAGACAUGCUCAAUAAUGUUUAUAUCUGAUGACUGGGCUGGCCAAUCCUGGAGCACUGUGACCUUCUUUGCUUUCAUGAAUUUUGAUGUGGAGGCUGAAGUAUGAAAAGGAGCGCUAUCCUGCUGAAGAAUUUGCCCUCUCCUGUGGUUUGUAAUGUAAUGGGCAGCACAAAUGUCUUGAUACCUCAGGCUGUUGAUGUUGCCAUCCACUCUGCAGAUUUCUCGCACGCCCCCAUACUGAAUGUAACCCCAACCCAUGAUUAUUCCUUCACCAAACUUGACUGAUUUCUGUGUGAAUCUUGGCUCCAUGCGGGUUCCAGUAGGUCUUCUGCAGUAUUUGUGAUGAUUGGGAUGCAGUUCAACAGAUGAUUCAUCAGAGAAAUCAGAAAUGAUCAAUAGAAAUCAAGUUAUUAUUUGUUGCUCUCACAACUGGGAUCGACGACAAGACUUUAGUCGGGGAGUGUAUGUGUAUACUUCUGUUUAAUUUUAAAUAUCACAUUUACUCAAAGAUCUAGAUUUAGUUACAUUAUAUUCAGUUAGAUAUCUUUUUAUGCUUUGCCAGAGCUAACUAAUUAGAUAUCAGUAAUCAGUGUUCCGUAAAGUUACUUUUAAAGUAAUAUAUUACAAUCUUAAGUCACUUUGUCUAGAAAAGUAAUUUAAUUACCCAGCAGGCUGACAUCAUAAGACGUUAACAUUAGGUUAGAUUUAGGUCAUGACGUCAGGUGACCAAAAUUUAAUGUCUAACCAGCGUCUAAGGACAACUUUAUUUUGACGUCCAAUAACGAUGUCAAAUUACAUUGAUAUUUAGUUGAUUUUAGGUUGUUGGAAAGUGACCAAAAUCCAACGUCUAAUAGAUGUCAAAGUGGUAACGUCCACACAACGUCAAGGUGUAACAUGAUUAGACGUUGAUAUUUAGUUGAUUUUAGGUUGAACAUUGGACUUUGGCCAAGAAAACACGUCAAAUGAGAAUCUGAAAUAUUGUAUGACUUCAAAAAAUAAAGGUGAUUUAAUAUUCAAAAUUUAUUAUUAUCAAAUUUAUUUUAGUAUUUAUUUUAAAUAUUUUUAAGAAUAAUUGGUCUAACACUUCAUAUUUUCAUAUUUUUCAUAGUAGAUGUAUUAAGUCUGAUACGUUUACCAUAAACCGACAUAUCUACCAUUUGGUAGAGGCUGAUAUUUUAGAUAUUAUGGGAUGUGUUGAAAAACAAUACAUUGAGUGUGUUAACUAGCAACAUUAAGAGUUAAGAAAUGCAAUCAAAGCAUUUUUUCUUGGCGGGGUAGUUAAAGGGUUAAGGAAAGUAAUGCUGAAGUAUGUUAUAUUAUUUUAGUUUGUUAAGAUUGGGAUAAGCUUAAGAUCGUAAUAUGUUACUUUUUUUUUGCUCAACACCGUUAGUAAUGCUAUAAAUAUGUACUUCUGCAACAGUAUAAAAUAAAGUAAUCGCAAGUUUAAUUUUUGCAAGACUUCUGACUUCAGUUGGCAUAUCUGUGUGGAGUUUGCAUGUUCUCCCCGUGUUGGUGUGGGUUUCCUCCAGGUGCUCCGGUUUCCCCCACAGUCCAAACACAUGCGCUAUAGGUGAAUUGAAUAACCUAAAUUGGCUGUUGUGUGUGUGUAAAUGUGAGAGUGUAUGGGUGUUGUACUGGGUUGUGGCUGGAAGGACAUCCUCUGCAUAAAACAUAUGCUGGAAUAGUUGGUGGUUCAUUCCGCUGUGGCGAAGUCUGAUAAAUAAGGGACUAAGGAAAACGAAUGAAUAAAUGAACUAAUUAGAUAUAUUAGUAAUCAGUGUUGGGUAAAGUUACUUUUAAAAGUAAUAUAUUACAAGCUUUUUUUUUAAAUAACUGAAUUUGUUACAUUUUAAGGAAAGUAUGUUUAAGUAUUUAUGUUAUUUAAGAUUAAGAUAGCUUAAGAUUGUCAGAUAUUACUUUUUUUACCUAUCACUGUUAAUACUGUUAUAUUGUGUUUGAAAAACCAUUUUAUAGCAUUACUAACGAAGCAAUUGCUCGUUUAAUUCAUGAACUUUGACUUAUUUUCUAAGACUUCUGAGUUUACUGUACAUCUCAUCAUUCAGACUUUAAUUCUCAUCAUUCUCAGCUGUUUGUGUUUCAUGUUAUAAUUAUGGAACAUGAGAAUUUAACGUUCAUCCUGAAUCUAAAACCUGUCUAAUAGAUUAUAGUUAGUGAAUUGAAAGUUAUUGUGAUGAUUGUGAAUAUUGAAUUAUGGGAAAAAUUGUUCUGUUUUAUUUAGUAGUUAAAAUAUGGCAAUAAAAUAUGUGAUUUGGUGCAGAUUAUUUAUAGAUCGCAUACUAUAGAUUAUUGCAUAAAUGCAAUUAAAUGUUUAAAUACUUAGUUUGUGGAUCAUAUGGUGACCUUAACAAACAAAUGUUCCCCAAAAUCCUGAUGGUACUUUAUAACAUGAUUAAAGAUUA